AUGGAGUCUUUAAGAGAGAUAACAGAAUAUGGUCAAAGCCUUAACUUGACUGGUGCGGACCUACAGCAGUUUAUACAGCAACAACAGGCACAUCAGCGUGAACUACGAGCUGCUGAGAGAGAGAAAGAGAAGCAGGAUAGAGAGUAUGUUCUAAGUAAAGAAGCGCUUGAGAUUGAGAAACUCAAACUCCAGGAGAAAAAAGGUAUGGAAGAGAUUGAAAGUAAACUCAUGCAUACUAUUCAAAUAUUGGAGCAAAAGUUAGCUGUAAAAGAGUUAGAAAUGAAAUCAGAAAACUCUAGCAAUGCAAAGUUUCCAAAAAUGCCUGUCUUCGAUGAAGUUAAGGAUGAUAUUGAUUCUUAUUUGAGACGUUUUGAAAGGUAUGCUGCAGCACAGAAAUGGAAGUUAGACAGUUGGGCUGUUAACUUAAGCGCACUACUCAGAGGUCGUGCACUGGAUGUGUAUGCACUGCUGCCACAGGAGAAAGCUUUGGACUAUGAUGCUUUGAAGACGGCGUUAUUAAAGAGGUUUGAAAAGACGGAGGAUGGGUUUCGUCAAAAGUUCCGUAAGAGUAGACCUGAGGUAGGGGAAACUUUCUCACAGUUUGUUGUUCGUCUCGGUAGUUAUCUCGAUAGGUGGAUUGAGCUUGGUCGAGUAGACAAGACUUUUGAGGGCCUCUACGAUAUGUUUCUUAGAGACCAGUUUUUGUUUAUGUGUAACAAAGAAUUAACAUUAUUUUUAAAAGAACGUAUACCGAAAAACAUCAAAGAAAUGUGUGCCUUAGCCGAUCAGUAUAGAGAGGCAAGACAUGUAAAUAUUCAAACACUAGUUCAUUAUAGCAAGAAGGAGAAUACCCCAGAAAAACGUCAGGCAUCGAGAGAACAAGACCAACGGGAGCAGAAACAAGGAUGGAAGACUCAACCUAUGAAGACGCCGAUGAAGAAAGAUGUUCGUUGCUUCAAGUGUGACAGACUGGGCCACAUAGCGUCUCAGUGCCAUCAGACUCAAAAGAACCGGAACUCAGUGAAUGCAGUCGUUGAUCGAACAGAGGAGGAAUCUAUGGUGAAGAACUCGGAAUUACAAGGCAAGUGUGGAUCAUUUACUUCCUUUACAAGCACAUAUACAUUUUCAAUGGCAUCAAAUUCUAUGGACCUUGUAAACACUUCAUCAUGUAACGUUAGUGCAUCUCUUGGAGAUAUGCCUUCCUGUAAUGGCAAAUUAAAUGAACAUUUUGUGACAGUGCUUAGGGACACUGGUUGUAACGGCGUUGUAGUUCGCAGGAAUUUGAUAGAUGAUGUUCAGCUUACAGGAAAUCAUCGAAUUUGCAUUCUGGCGGAUGGAUCUAGAAUUCAAGCACCUGUUGCGCGAGUGAAAAUAGACACUCCAUACUUUGUGGGAGAAAUAGACGCUUGGUGUUUAGAAAAUCCAUUGCAACAAGCUCAAAAGGAAGGUAAGAGGACUAAAUCUCUUUGUGUUCCAGAAAUAAUUGACGCUGAUAUCCGUCCCGACGACAUCAAGGCAGCACAGGAGAAAGACGAGACGUUAAACAAGAUACGUUCUUUGGUGGGCCAAGACGACGACUCCAAGGUAACCUUCAUCAGUAAGAAAGGUAUCAUUUAUCGUGUUUUCCAGUCAGAUAAAUAUCAGAAUGGUAAACGAUUUACACAGUUGGUUGUACCAAAGAAAUUUAGGACUAAAGUUCUUUCUCUCGCUCAUGAGUCUAUUAUGACAGGUCACUUAGGUACUUCUAGGACAGCCAGCAAAGUUCUAGCAGAAUUUUAUUGGCCGGGAGUUCAAGCAGACGUACGUCGAUUCUGCAGAUCAUGCGACAUCUGUCAACGAACCACUCCAAAAGGCAGGACUACAAAGGUUCCACUCGGAGAUAUGCCUAUCAUUGAAGUACCGUUCAGACGUGUAGCUGUAGACUUGGUAGGACCUAUCCAGCCAGCAACAAGUAAGGGUAAUCGUUACAUUUUGACUGUUGUUGACUUUGCUACCCGUUACCCGGAGGCAAUUGCUCUUAAGGGAAUUGACACUGAACGAGUCGCUGAGGCUCUAGUAGAUGUAUUUUGUAGAGUUGGGGUACCAAAGGAAAUGCUCACGGAUAUGGGGACACAAUUUACAUCCGAGCUGAUGACAGAGGUCAGUCGUUUACUUUCUAUACGACAGUUAACAACGACGCCAUAUCACCCCAUGUGCAAUGGACUAGUAGAGCGGUUUAAUGGUACGUUAAAGCAGAUACUACGACGGUUAUGUUCGGAACGUCCAACGGAUUGGGAUAAGUACCUGUCAGCAUCGUUGUUCGCAUACCGUGAUGCUCCUCAGGAGAGUCUAGGAUUCUCACCGUUUGAGUUGGUUUACGGACAUGAAGUUAGAGGACCUAUGAAGAUCUUGAGAGAGUUGUGGACUAAAGAAGUAGUAGAUUCAGAAGUGAGAACUACAUACCAGUAUGUUGUAGAUUUGAAGGAGUGA